AUGUCGGAUAAGAUGUCCAGCUUCCUGCACAUCGGGGACAUCUGCUCCCUGUUCGCAGAGGGGUCCACCAGCGGCUUCAUGAGCACUCUGGGCCUGGUGGACGACCGUUGUGUGGUGCAGCCGGAUGCAGGAGACCUCAACAACCCUCCAAAGAAGUUCCGAGACUGCCUGUUCAGACUGUGUCCCAUGAACCGGUACUCUGCGCAGAAACAGUUCUGGAAAGCAGCGAAACCCGGAGGGAACACCGACACUGUGCUGCUCAACAAACUACACCAUGCAGCCGAUCUGGAGAAGAAGCAAAACGACUCGGAGAACAAGAAACUCCUGGGAACAGUCAUCCAAUACGGAAACGUCAUCCAGAUGCUGCACCUGAAAAGCAACAAGUACCUGACGGUGAACAAGCGUCUGCCGGCUCUUCUGGAGAAGAACGCCAUGAGAGUCAUGCUGGACACUGCUGGAAACGAGGGCUCCUGGUUUUACAUCCAGCCCUUCUACAAGCUGCGCUCCAUCGGGGACAGCGUUGUGAUCGGAGACAAAGUGGUCCUGAACCCGGUGAACGCUGGCCAGCCGCUGCACGCCAGCUCCCAUCAGCUCGUGGACAAUCCCGGCUGCAAUGAGGUGAACUCUGUGAACUGCAACACCAGCUGGAAGAUCGUUCUGUUCAUGAAGUGGAGCGACAACCAGGAAAUCAUCCUGAAAGGGGGGGACGUGGUGAGGCUGUUCCACGCAGAGCAAGAGAAGUUCCUCACGUGUGACGACCACAGGAAAAAGCAGUACGUGUUUCUGCGAACCACCGGACGCCAGUCCGCCACCUCGGCCACCAGCAGCAAGGCAUUGUGGGAGAUCGAGGUGGUGCAGCACGAUCCAUGUCGAGGAGGAGCCGGAUACUGGAACAGUCUGUUCAGGUUCAAGCACCUGGCCACGGGUCACUACCUGGCAGCAGAGGUAAACCCUGAGUACGAAGAGGAGGGUCUGGAGUCUCGCUCUUCUAUGGAGCUGGAGCAGGAGAAUCGCGCUCGCCUCAGAAACGUCCAGGACAAAGUCAUGUACACGCUGGUGUCUGUCCCCGACGGCAACGACAUCUCCUCCAUUUUUGAGCUGGACCCCACGACACUGAGAGGGGGCGACUCCAUGGUGCCCAGAAACUCGUACGUGCGUCUCAGACACUUGUGCACAAACACGUGGGUCCACAGCACGAAUCAGCCGAUCGACAAAGAAGAGGAGAAGCCCGUCAUGCUGCGCAUCGGUACGUCCACACAGAAGGAGGACAAAGAGGCAUUCGCCAUCGUCCCUGUGUCUCCGGCUGAAGUCCGAGAUCUGGACUUUGCCAACGACGCCAGUAAAGUCCUGGCCUCUAUCGCUGGAAAACUGGAGAAGGGAACGAUCACGCAGAACGAGAGGAGAGCAGUUACCAAACUCCUGGAGGACUUGGUGUUUUUUGUGGUGGACAUUCCCAACAAUGGACAAGACGUGUUAGAAAUUAUGGUCAACAAACCAAACCGAGAGAGACAGAAGCUGAUGAGGGAGCAGAACAUCCUCAAACAGAUCUUCAAGCUGCUGCAGGCUCCCUUCACGGAUAGCGGCGAUGGGCCCAUGCUGCGGCUGGAGGAACUCGCCGACCAAAGACACGCCCCCUUUCGACACAUCUGCCGCCUGUGUUACCGAGUGCUCCGUCACUCACAGCAGGACUACCGCAAGAACCAGGAGUACAUUGCCAAACAGUUCCGGUUCAUGCAGAAACAGAUCGGUUAUGACGUUCUGGCAGAGGACACGAUCACCGCGCUGCUGCACAACAACCGCAAACUCCUGGAGAAACACAUCACGGCGGCGGAGAUCGACACGUUCGUCAGUCUGGUGCGAAAGAACCGCGAGCCCAGGUUCCUGGAUUACUUGUCGGACCUCUGCGUGUCCAUGAACAAGUCCAUUCCUGUGACCCAAGAGCUGAUCUGUAACGCAGUCCUGGACCCGACCAACGGAGACAUCCUCAUCGAGACCAAACUGGUGCUGUCCCGCUUUGAGAUCGAAGGACAUUUGGGUGAGACAACAGAGGAGGACGAGGAGGACGAGGAGGAGGUGUGGCUCUUCUGGAAGGACAGCAACAAAGAGAUCCGGAGCAAAAGUAUCCGAGAACUGGCCCAGGACGCCAAAGAGGGCCAGAAGGAGGACCAGGAAGUCGUCAGCUACUACAGGUACCAGCUGAACCUGUUUGCACGCAUGUGUCUGGACCGGCAGUACUUGGCCAUCAACAAGAUCUCGGGGCAGCUGGACGUGGACCUCAUAUUGAGAUGCAUGUCGGACGAGGACUUGCCCUUCGACCUGAGGGCCUCUUUCUGCAGGAUGAUGCUGCACAUGCACGUGGACCGCGACCCCCAGGAGCAGGUCACCCCCGUCAAGUAUGCCCGACUCUGGUCCGAGAUCCCCUCCGAGAUCGCUAUCAACGACUACGACAACGACGGCACGUCCAAAGACGAGAUAAAGGAGCGUUUUUCUCAGACCAUGGAGUUUGUGGAGAACUACCUGCGGAACGUGGUCUGCCAGAGCUUCCCCUUCGCCGACAAAGAGAAGAACAAGCUCACGUUCGAGGUGGUGAAUCUGGCCAGAAACCUGAUUUAUUUUGGCUUCUACAACUUCAGCGACUUGUUGCGGCUCACAAAGAUCCUUCUGGCUAUUCUGGACUGUGUGCACGUGAGCACCAUGUUCCCCUUCACCGGCCUCAACAAGACGGACGACAGCAAAGGCGGUAACGUGAUGCGCUCCAUCCAUGGCGUGGGCGAGCUCAUGUCUCAGGUGGUGCUCAGAGGCGGCGGCUUUCUGCCCACGUCUUCCAGCGUCCCUUCAAACCCCACCGCCACCAAGACUCAGACCGAGCCGGAGAAACAGGACAUCCUGGUCAUGGACACAAAGCUCAAGAUCAUCGAGAUCCUGCAGUUCAUUCUGAAUGUGCGUCUGGACUACAGAAUCUCUUGUCUGCUUUCCAUCUUCAAGAGCGAGUUUGACGAGAGCAACUCCCAAAACAAUUUCUCCAUCUCUGGAGCCGUGGAGGGCCCCAACAACAUGCCUGGUGCGCUGGAUUUUGAGCACAUAGAGGAGCAGGCGGAGGGCAUUUUUGGAGGAAGUGAGGAGAACACUCCGCUGGACCUGGACGACCACGGCGGACGCACCUUCCUGCGGGUCCUGCUUCACCUCACGAUGCAUGACUACCCCCCGCUGGUUUCCCGCGCUCUGCACCUGCUCUUCAGGCACUUCAGCCAGAGGCAGGAGGUGCUGCAGGCCUUCAAACAGGUGCAGCUGCUGGUCACCAGUCAGGACGUGGACAACUACAAACAAAUCAAAUCAGACCUGGACCAGCUGCGCUCCAUCGUGGAGAAGUCCGAGCUCUGGGUUUACAAACGCCAAGGUCCGGACGAGAGCAUGGACGUCGGGGACGGAGCCAUGGACAAGGGAGACUCUGGCGGCUCGAACAAACCAAAGAAAGCUGAGAGCACCAGCAGCUACAACUACAGAGUGGUCAAAGAGAUCCUGCUGCGCCUCAGCCGCCUCUGUGUGCAGGAGGGUCUGUCCGGCAGAAAGAGCCGCAAGCAGCAACAGAGGCUCCUCCGCAACAUGAGCGCACACGCCGUGGUGCUGGAGCUGCUGCAGAUCCCCUACGAGAAGGGAGAAGAUUUGCGGAUGCAGGACAUCAUGAAGUUGGCUCAUCAGUUUCUGCAGAACUUUUGUGCCGGAAACCAACAGAACCAGGCUCUGCUCCACAAAAACAUAAACCUGUUCCUAAACCCUGGGAUCCUGGAGGCCGUCACCAUGCAGCACAUCUUCAUGAAUAACUUCCAGCUCUGCAGUGAGAUCAACGACCGUGUGGUCCAGCACUUCGUCCACUGCAUCGAGACGCACGGCCGCAACGUCCAGUACCUCAAAUUCCUCCAGACCAUCGUUAAGGCGGAGAACAAGUUUAUCAAGAAGUGCCAGGACAUCGUGAUGGCUGAGCUGGUGAACGCCGGUGAGGAUGUGCUGGUUUUCUACAACGACCGCGCCUCGUUCCAGACGCUGGUGCAGAUGAUGCGUUCGGAGAGAGACCGCAUGGACGAGAACAGCGCCCUCAUGUACCACAUCCACCUGGUGGAGCUGCUGGCCGUCUGCACCGAGGGCAAGAACGUCUACACGGAGAUCAAAUGCAACUCUCUGCUGCCGCUGGACGACAUCGUGAGGGUGGUGACGCACGAGGACUGCAUCCCAGAGAUCAAGAUUGCCUACAUCAACUUCUUGAAUCACUGCUACGUGGACACGGAGGUGGAGAUGAAGGAGAUCUACACGUCCAAUCACAUGUGGAAACUGUUCGAGAACUUCCUGGUCGACAUCUGUCGGGUCUGUAACAACACGAGCGACCGCAAACACGCCGACAUCAUCCUGGAGCGAUACGUGACGGAAACAGUGAUGAGCAUCGUGACCACGUUCUUCAGCUCGCCGUUUUCUGACCAGAGCACCAGUCUGCAGACCCGGCAGCCCGUGUUUGUGCAGCUUCUUCAGGGCGUGUUCCGGGUUUAUCACUGCACCUGGAUGGUUCCUCUGCAAAAAGGCUUCGUAGAGACCUGCAUCAAAGUGCUCUCCGACGUUGCCAAAGGUAGAGCCAUCGCGAUCCCAGUGGACCUGGACAACCAAGUGAGCAACCUGUUUGUAAAAUCCAACAACAUCGUACAGAAGACUGCCAUGAGCUGGAGGCUGUCGGCCCGGAACGCUGCCCGUAGAGACUCUGUGAUCACGGCCUCGCGGGACUACAGGAACAUCAUCGAGAGGCUCCAGGACAUCGUCUCAGCUCUGGAGGACCGUCUGCGUCCCCUGGUGCAGGCCGAGCUCUCGGUCCUGGUGGACGUCCUCCAUCGACCAGAGCUGCUGUUCCCCGAGAACACGGACUCCCGGAAGAAGUGUGAGAGCGGGGGCUUCAUCUGCAAACUGAUCAAACACACCAAACAGCUGCUGGAGGAAAACGAGGAACGACUCUGCAUCAAAGUCCUGCAGACGCUGAGGGAGAUGAUGACCAAAGACCGAGGCUAUGGCGAGAAGGCAAGUGCCGAGACUAAGAAGAAGAACAGUGAGAUGAAAAGAACGGAGAUUCACGAGCAGCAAAACGGUACGCGAAACAAACAGACAGAUAAGCUGACAAGAGAGGCACCACCAAGGAUGGAGCAAGAACAGGAGAGCACAGCAACUCACGCGCCUCGCGAAGCAGCGAAAGAAUCAGAGCGAGAAAAACGAGCGAAACAGGAACGCACCACACGGGCCCCCGCCCCCACCAAGCAAAAGACACUAACAAGACAGCCCAACAAACAGACCCACACCAUAACGCACGGCACGGCCAAAGUCCGCAAAACGCAACACAAGCGCCAGAACGUCCCGCAGCGGAAACGAACAGCCGGAACACAGCAAGAAGCGAACAAACACGACCACCGAAGAAAAAACCCAAACCGCACCAACCCGCACCAACCACGCAGAACCACCCACCCCCACCGAAGCGCGACCGAGACCAGGAAACGACAACAACAACAAAGCACCAAGCACCCCCGACGAAACACGGUAACAAAGCAGAGAGUGAGCAAAGCAGCCCGCCCCCAACGCAAUGCGCAACCAAACCGCCCACCCGGCCAGCCUCGCCACACCACGCGACGCGAAAACGAAGACGAUAGAAAAAGAGACGAACGACGCGACAAAAGAGAGGUAGCGAAACAGCCAACACGCAGGUCCCGCGGCCCCGGAGGGCCCGCUGAACCGCAGCAGACGCAGCAAGAAAGAACAACCCCAAAGCACAAGCAACUACGCACGAAGAGGCCGACCACAAAGUUACCACGAAAGCCCACGUCGUACAAACACGGCCCCCACAGACCACCGCAUCACAACGAGCAGCACGACACCCCCACCACCAACCGAAGAAAGGUUCGCGCACACGCUCACAGGGGCACAGCACGACAGACUCGCGGACGAAGCGAACACACCGGCACCCCGGCCUCGCGGCCCCCCUCCUCCCGACGCCUCACCACCCACCACAACAGCGGCACGACCCGGGACGACAACACGUCCACGCACAAGAAACCACACAGAAAAAAAAGACAGCACAGAGCGCCCAGCCGAGAGAAACAAAACACAGAGAAACAACAGCAUCACCGGCCCCCAGCCACCAACAAAAAGAAGACGCAGCGUCCCCGCGAACCCGCCAACCAACCACGGAGGAAAGCCGAACAGCGCGGACACGACAUAGAAAAGACACAGCCAAGAAACAACGCACCACACUCAGACGCGCCCGCGACCCCAACAAAAACACGCGUUACGUCGCCUCCCGCGCCUCCGCCCCGCUCGCCACAGCCACCAGGCAUCGCGAAACAACAGACCAAAAGUCCACAGCAGACAACACAAAAGCACACUCAAACAAGAAAACCACCAAAGACCAAUAAACCAGCCGCCCCAGCACACAAAGCCCUCCCGCACAGCCCCAAAGAGCCCACCAACACUAUCACAAGAAGGCCAGGACACACACAAAACCGAGCACGCACGCGCCAGCCCGAGCCCAGACAGCCCGCCGCCUCCCAUCGAACAACUCAUAACACCCCAACUCCACCAGCCGACACCGCCACAGCCAACGCGCCCCCCGUGCCGGCCUCCCCCGCAGCGCACGGACCCAGCCCCGCCCCUCACUUCCCUCGCCGCCCCAAACCGCACCCCCGGUGGCCCACCCCAGAACGACCCACCGUCCCACACGCAAACGGACCCCCGCGGAGAGACACUCACCGCAGCCCCCACCCCCUCCCGUCCGGUGCCGCCCCCGCCCGGCCCAAACGCCGCAGGCCGACACCAUUGCACGCCCGGCCCCGCAGCAACAAGCCGUCGCGCCCUCCAAAACAGCAGCGCGCUAGCCGCACAAGGUCACCGCCGACACCGACCCCCACCGCAGCGCCGCCCGCAAACACCGCCGCUCAGACCCGCCGAGACAAACAACGCUCAGCAAACCGCGAAACAAAUCCCACGACCGCCCCCGACCGGAGCAAUACGCCCGACGGCUACACCCGGGGCGCAGAAAGCCAACGCCCGUCGUCCGCCACACCAAACAAAACGCGCACCGACAAGACCACGGUUACUACCCCGACCGGCGAGACCCCCCCGCCCGGCGCCCCGCCGCACCCUCUGUUCCCCCCGUCCCCCUGCAAACGCACAAAAGAAAGAACAGAGGCGCGACAAGACCCGCACGCAGGAGUCGCGCGUCAGCGCCCGGCCCCGCACCACGCGAACAAGCACAGACGACCCCACGGCCCGAGAGCGCAAAAAAAGCGGACCAACGGACGACCACGGCACGAGAACACACACAAACCCCGUAACGGAAAGAGACACAGAACAACACGCCAGAAAAGAAACACCCCCCCCCGCCCCCCAAACAAACUCAACAACCCCGGUACGCCACACCGCCCGCCCCGAACCCCCCCCCCCCCGCGUCCGAAGAACAGCGGCGCGCACGACCGACACCACAGCCGCCACAGCCACCCGCGGGGGACCCCCCGCGCCGCGCACGACCGCCGCGCCGGCCACAGCAAAGACAGGUUAGGCCGCCCCUGCCGAAAUAACACAACAGGCAAAACACGAGAAAAAAAAACGCCGCCGCGCCACACGCCCACCGAAUCCCGCACACCCGGCAUCGAUCAGGCGCGCACUCGCCGCCCUCACACCCCGGAAAAAAGCACCCCCAGCCGCGCCCCCGGCCCCGGGACGCUCCCCCCCGGGCGCCCCAACCAGUCACCCCCCCGCCCUCCGAGACAACCAAAAAACACACACAGCACAAGCUCUAAAACCAGUAAAACACAAGAACGACACCAGACAAAAAGAAAACCCGCACGUCCCCUAGCGCGAAAUAACGCUAGCCAGCCCCCCCGCGCGUCCCCACCCCCCCCGCCUCCCCGGCCGCGCCCAAUGCCCCGGCCCCCUCCCAGGCGCCGCAUAGCAACCGCACUACCGAAGAAGAAACAUACAGUACCGCCGCCCAACGCAAGAACCGCGCCGGCAACGGCACAGACGAAAGACCACAAGCCAACAAACCGCCCGCCCGCCGUCGCCCAUAGCCCCGCCCCGCGCAGGCCAGCGACGCACCAACCACACCAGCAGGAACCAAACCAAAAGACCGCCCCCCCCGACCCCCCCCGCCACCCCGGCCGUCUCCCGCAGCGAGCCCCAGCCUCCCCCCCGCACAGCAGCCCCACUGCACCCACACCCUCCCACGGCCGCUCAGCAACGAGCCUCGCCCCCGGGUUCAAACCGAGAAAACCACACCCCGCCCACCUCGGCCAGCCGCCGCCAGAAGCCCCCACCCCCCUGACCCCUGACCCCCCCCCCGCCGACAAGAUACGCCGAACCACCCACAGUCGGACCCACGGCGCCCCCGAGAGCGCCGCAGACCCCCGGACCCCUCCCCCCCCAACAACACAACGAACUACGCCCCCCGAAACACCCCGGAGAAGAGAGAAAGGGAAUAACCCGCAGCGCCCCGCCCCCCCGCAGAUCCCUCCGGCUUCCUCCCCCCCCCGGAGUCCGCACCCAGGCCGGCCCCCCGCCCCCCCCCGCACGACGCCGAAAAGACGAGCAGCCCGCUCACACCCCCCGACGCUCCGACCAAACCACGAGCCCUCAGCCCCCAGCGCCGCCGCCUACGUCCCUACCGUCCGUCGCAGCUCCCCCCACGCCCCCCCAGCGCGUCCGCCUGCCGCGCCACCACGCCUGCGGCCGGCGCACUACACGACCGCCCCGACCGGUCCCGCGCCGCCACCGCAGCAGAAGAGGCGACAAGCGGCAAAGGGCCCCGCCCAGACGGACCCCACCCCUCGACGCAGGCGAGCGUCCGACAAUACACCCACCCCCCCACCGCCCGAAGAAGAUCUCCAGACAGCGCAGCCCCCGCGCACCGACUCGUAA